CUGUUCAGGACUGCGACAUUUGUUCGAUCGUUUGCUGGGCGAAGACAUAAGGGGGUCAGCUCCUCCCUACCUCUCAUUCCUCAACCUCUCAUUCAUCCUUCCUCCUUCUUCGCCCCAACACAUCUAUCUACUCUUUCGUCCAUUAAACCUACCAUAAUACACUAAUAUCCAAUCUCAAGAUGGCAUCAAUACAAUAUACCUAUAAAGGAGCAAAAUACGACCUGACUAUCUCCGCAUCGACUACCAUUCCCGAGUUUCUGGCGGCAAUUUCGGAGCAAACUCAUGUGGCCGUAUCAGGCCUCAAGGUCAUGCACAAGGGCAAGGUCGUCAAGUCUAGCGAAGCCAAUGAUGCUCAGCCUCUCCUGAAGAGACAUCCUGACCUGGCAACUGGAGCCAAGAUCUUUGUACUUGGCACGACAGCAGAAGACAUCGCUAAGGUUCAUUCAAUUGACCAGCAUAUCACUACAAGGAAGAGCUAUCGUUCGCCGCCUGCAGCAAAGCGGGCGAAACCAGUGAGGAAUCUUGACGAUGACAAGUACACAUUUGGAGACAUUCAAGUACUACCGCAAUUCAGCCAGCAGGACAAAGCCAGGGCAGUGCUGGAGCGACUGAAAAGGGACAAGGGUAUCAUUGGAAUCAUGAAGCUACACAAAUGGCAGGUCGGAUCUCUGAUUGAAUUGUCACCAGCGGAGAAAACAAUUCUUGGGUAUAAUCGAAACAAGGGAGAGCUGAUUGCGUUAAGGCUGCGGACUGACGACCUGGAGGGGUUUCGACAUUAUGACGCUGUGCGAAAGGUGUUGCUGCACGAGCUUGCACAUAAUGUGUGGUCCGAGCACGACGACAAUUUUCACUCACUGAAUCGGCAGCUAAAUAAGGAGGUGCAGCAGCUGGAUUGGACGGCACAAGGAGGAAACAGUGUUUCUAAAGAUGUCUUUUUCAACCCAUCAAAUGGCCUGCAAGGAUAUCUUGAUGAUCUCGAGGACUCUGCUGUAGACCAGUCGUGGCAAGGUGGAACCUUUAUCCUCGGUGGGGGCAGCAGUCGACGUGACCAGAAUUUGACACUGAGUCCGCGGGAACUCGCAGCAAGGGCUGCACAACUGCGGCAGAUAGAAUCUGAAAAAGACGAAGACGGCAUGUGUGGGGCGGCUAAGUAGAGCAGCACCCAAAGCAGUAAAAAAGUAUGAUUGUUAUACUCAGGCGCGUCCAAGUUCGAGUGUGGACACAAAUCACGUUUUGUUUGUUUCUUUGGAAACAAAAAAGAAGCCGAUGGUGGCAAGUUUUUUUUGUCUCUUGUCUCAGCGCGUUGCUAUCCUUUCUCCG